GCAAAGAAAACAGCGCUAACUAGUCUAAGCUAACAAGUUAGCUAACGUUUAUGAGACGAACAGGAUCACGGCUAUCUUGUAGGGAUGGCGAUGAGAAGUGAAGUGAGAGGUGAAGCUGCAGAGGUGGAGGAGGAGAAUUAUGGCCCACAGCUUCUGUCCAGACUGGAGCAAUGUGGAAUAAGUGCCAGUGACAUCAAGAAGCUGGAGGAUGCAGGGUUUCACACCGUGGAAGCUGUGGCCUACGCACCCAAGAAGGAGUUGCUCAACAUUAAAGGCAUCAGUGAGGCCAAAGCUGACAAAAUCUUAGCUGAAGCAGCCAAACUGGUCCCUAUGGGUUUCACCACAGCCACAGAGUUCCACCAGAGGAGAGCAGAGAUCAUCCAGAUCUCCACAGGCUCCAAGGAGCUGGACAAACUGCUGCAGGGUGGGAUUGAGACGGGCUCCAUCACAGAGAUGUUCGGAGAGUUUCGGACGGGGAAGACUCAGCUGUGCCACACUCUGGCUGUUACCUGUCAGCUGCCUAUUGAUCAGGGGGGAGGAGAGGGAAAGGCCAUGUACAUCGACACUGAGGGGACCUUCAGACCAGAGAGGCUCCUCGCUGUGGCUGAGAGGUAUGGGCUGGUAGGGAGUGAUGUUUUAGACAACGUAGCCUACGCCCGUGCCUUCAACACCGACCAUCAGACUCAGCUGCUCUACCAAGCUUCUGCCAUGAUGGCCGAGUCCAGGUAUGCUCUGCUGAUAGUGGACAGCGCCACAGCUCUGUACAGAACAGAUUACUCGGGCCGAGGGGAGCUGUCAGCCCGACAGGGACACCUGGGUCGGUUCCUGCGCAUGCUGCUUCGGCUGGCAGAUGAGUUUGGUGUUGCAGUGGUCAUAACCAACCAGGUGGUGGCGCAAGUGGAUGGGGCAGCCAUGUUUUCUGCAGAUCCCAAGAAACCAAUUGGAGGGAACAUUCUGGCUCAUGCCUCCACCACACGUCUGUACCUGAGGAAGGGUCGAGGAGAGACCAGGAUCUGCAAGAUCUACGACUCCCCCUGCCUGCCAGAGGCCGAGGCCAUGUUCGCCAUCAAUACUGACGGGGUUGGAGAUGCCAAGGACUGA